CCAACCAGCUCACUUGAAUGGAGACAGCCAAGAAGCAAAAAUGUUUUGUUGUUGUAUCCAAACUUUUGGAGGAUCUGGCCUCAAAAAAACCCAGAAAGAGAAUCUUUUUGAUUGUUGCCGAUGUUGGCUCAGCCCUCAUCCCUGACGCCUCUGGGUGUCUGACAGGAGGCAGUGAAGGGUAACAUGGGGGAGCCCAGGAAAGGCUAGUGCAGGCCAGGACACAACGGUGAUCCCAUCUGAUCAACCCCACACUCCAGGCCCCUCAUAGUGUGUGUGUGUGUGUUUGUGUGUCUGUGUGGAGUGGGGAAGGCAGGGUAUGUGGGACAGGCCAUUCCUGGGCAGGAGCUUGUUGUUAGGUGUCGGAAACCUGGUGGGUCUGUCACGUUCAUACCCCAGAUCAUGGCUGACAGCAUGAGAAGGUGAGCUCCUCUACUCGUAUAUUAUUGAGCCCUAGAGGUUUCAUUUCCUUCCUUCCCUGAACAAAGUUCUUUGCCAGGAUGCCCUCUGUGCCUGAACUGAGGAGCAGACUUUCUCUUGGGGGUUGGCCUCAGUGGCAGUGUGCAGGCAACCCCUGAUUCCCUCUGGCCCAGCUCCCAGGCAGUCUUUGCAGAACUCCACUCAGGAGGUCGUCGAGUAGCUGCCCAAUGGUUUCAACUCCACCAACUCACUAGACAAGGAGCAGGUACAUGAGGCCACCCACACCAUCCAGUGCUGCUCUGAGAUGACAGCUGGAGCAGAGGGCCUCCACACUCAGGACCUUGAGAUGAUGGGGUUGGACCAGAACUAGGGUGGGACCAGUCAGGGGCUGUCUCUUUUUCAAGCUAAAGGGGACGUACAUGCAGGUAACCUUGUCUGGUUCAGAGCUGAGCUCCCGUGACCCUCUUUCCCUUGUCUGUUGUGAGUUUAGGAGGCCACUGAGGCAGAGCCAGAGGCUAAGGGGGACUGCAGGCUGGCUAUUCCUGGAAGAGAAGUGGGAUCUUUCCUGUAUUUAGAAGGACACAUGGAAAGUCAGCUAUGUGAGUGAACCUUUCUCUUUAUCCCGCUCCAGAGUCAGCUCCAGAGUUUCAGCCAGCAGCAGAAGCAGAGCUGUGGGCAGUGGUGGAGGUAGAGCUGGCUCCAGCUCCGUUGACACCACCCUCUCUAGCACUGGAGCCAGUGUCCCCUCUACCAGCAGUGUUGGAGCUGGAGCAAGGGCCAACAUGGGCUCCAGCAGGAGUGGGAGCUGCUGAGUUGGAGUCACCUGGACCAUCAUUUCUAGUGGGAAGUCCAUCUCCACCUGUGGCUAAGAAGUGUGAGAAGAAGCCCAACCUACGGCCUUCCCUCCUAAGCUGGUGGUGGAGCAGUUGACUGUGAUGGAUGCGGAGCUCUUCCGGAAGGUGGUGCCCUCUCAGUGCCUGGGCUCCACCUGGGGCAAGAGGAACAAGCCCAGCAAUGAGCACCUGGCACACACCGUCCGGGCCACCAUCGACCACUUCAGAAGGGUGGCCAGCCUCGUCAUCACCACCUGCCUCGGGGACCCGAGCAUGAUGGCCCAGGACAGGGAGUGCAAGAUCCUGAAGAACUUCUCCUCGCCCUGCACUGUCAUCUCUGUUCUGCAGAAAACAUCCAUAUACCACCUGAAGAACACAUGGGGGAAGUUUCCUGGUGGGGAGAGCUCUGAAAAACUUAAGGAGCACUAUAGCCAAGACGAGUCCUUGAGCAGAGAACUGAUGACCAAGGGAAAUGGAAGGAUGGUGAUCGUGUGGUGCAGGCCUCACAUGGGGGUGAUGAGGAGGGGCCUUCCACGUUUGCCCCUCGGAAAUCAGCCCCCAUAG